GUGCACAAACUUUUGCAAUCAGCUAUAACCAGGAAAUACAGCCACUCCUUCCGCGCGUCGGCACACAGCUUGUUUUUAGUGGGUUGUUUUAUGAUUUCUCGACAGAUUUGAAGGUUGUACACCCCCAUCGUGCUUUAAAAAAAAUAUAAAAUUAUUAUUUAAAUGCGUGUAUAAAUGAUCUGUCAGUCAGAAAAUGGCGCCAGGUUUAGAAAGCGACGGGAACAACGAGGACUGGAUGAAAACUUUACCUGAAGAACUGUGGGACAUUCCUCUAACCAACCUUGCUAUACCAGGGAGUCAUGAUGCCAUGAGCUACUGUCUGGAUCUCACCUCUCCACUACUCAGAUCUGAGUCUGACUCCUUUAGACUCCUCGACAGAGUUUUCUACUGUGUUACCCGCCCCAUCAUUUACAAAUGGGCUACUACCCAGGUCAUCAAUAUUGUAGAGCAACUGCAAGCUGGCGUCCGAUACUUUGACCUUCGAAUCGCCCGAAAACAGAACGACACGUCACAUGACCUUUACUUCACUCACGUGAUCUACACCCACGUCACAGUUGGGGACACUCUGAGCACCGUCGCCACGUGGCUCUCGGCACACCCCAAAGAGGUCGUCAUCCUCGCCUGUAGCCAUUUUGAGGGCUUGAGUGAAAAACUGCACGAGGAAUUGAUUUAUUCCUUAAAGAAAAUAUUUGGCUCUAAACUGUGCCCUUCUGAUGCGGAUAUAACCUUACGAGGCUUGUGGUCAUCGGGAUAUCAGGUGGUGCUGUCGUAUGAGGAUCAGACAGCAGUACGUCAUGAGGAGCUGUGGCCCGAAAUCCCGUACUGGUGGGCGAACACGGCCGACGCCGGAGAACUCAUCCAGUAUCUCGAGUCGCAGAAACAUCUCGGUCGUCCAGAAGGCUUCUUUGUCGCAGGCCUGAACUUAACCGCAGACCGAUGCUUCAUCGCUUCCAACCCGCACCUCUCCCUGCGGACCUUAACCAUGGACCAGUGGGAGUGCGUGAGGAGAUGGGUGGAGGAUCAGAAACCCGGAGCUGACCCGACGAGCCUCAACAUCAUUGCAGGAGAUUUUAUAGGGUCGAUUCCACUGUGCUCCAUUAUUAUUGCUCUGAAUAAAACACAGAGGCCCUUAAAGCUGGACGUCUGAACUGUUCUUUUCACUCCACUGUUUUUUUUAAACACACCUGGAACCACGCCCGUGGAUCAGAGAACUGGAGGUACAUCCGUCGGAUCUUUUAUUAAACAGAUUUCUCAUUAACCUUUAAGACGGGACAGGGACAGAAACGGAGACUUGGGUUACUUUUGUACAAUUUUUAUUCACUUUAAAAUAUAUAUAUUUUUAUACAAUACAUUUAACACUGUUGUGUGAUAUCUCAACUGCUUUCCUGAAUAAAUAUUUACCCAGCUA